GGAUGUUGUUAUAAGUAUGUGGUCAAGUUGCUAAAUUCCAGUGGCUAUCAUAAAUAAGCCACUAUUUCUCUACUGGGCAUGCUCAGAAAAGAUGGCGACAAGGCUAGAGCGGCUCUGGGUGUUACUAGACAGUGGCACUUCUCCUCUAACUAGAAAGGCAGCUGCUGAGCAGAUUGGAGCGGUUCAGAAACUUCAUCCUCACGAGUUACACAACCUACUGAAAAAAGUGUGUAGCUACCUGUACAGCAAGUCGUGGGAGACAAGAGUUGCGGCUGGGCAAGCCGUUGAAGCGAUAGCAAAGAAUGUGAAGAAGUGGUCACCUGCUAAACCUGAGGAGAGUUGCGAUGGAGGUGAGACGUCCCCAACCCCCCCAGACUGUGAAGACUGGAUGACCUUUGACUCCUUCAAUAUAGAACAGGUGCUGACCCAUGGCACCACCCUCCUGUCCUCUACUGGAGAAGAGUUCUACACUCUGGACAAUGACCCUGAGUACUUGAAGAUGUCUCCUCAGGAGCGUCUUUCGUUUCAUCGGACCCAGCUGAGACAACGUCUGGGACUGGUAGCUCAAGGUAAGGUGUUCUCGACCGGAAUGGAGCAGCUGUUUGAGGAUACAGACCUCCUACCUGGGACCAGCGGGGGCCGGAUAGAGACUGUCCCAAAUAGGAAGAAUUCUGGAGAGGUGCAAGAGUUGAGUGCUCUACAGCUGGCAGGGAUGAGCGCUCGGGAGAGGAACAGAGCCAAGAGGAAGGCUAAGCAGAUGGCACGACGGUCGUCACGAGAUACCGACGCUCUGGACAAAAGUGAUAUGGACCCCCCGACCAGCAAGAAGCCUCGUACCACGAGUGUGCUGGUGGAGCAAGCUGGUCAGGCUGACAAGGUGCUCAUUGACCAAGUGGCAAACAUGGACUCCAUCUUUGAGGAGUCUGAGGAGUGGCCAUUCACUUGGUUCUGUGUGGAGAUGUUUAGGAACCUCUUCAAUCCUGCUUGGGAGAUUCGUCAUGGAGCAGCGACUGGACUGAGAGAAAUCAUCAAACACCAUGGAGACACUGCAGGGAUCUCUGCACACACUAGCAGUGACAAGCGUGAGACUGAGAACCAGCAAUGGCUGGAAGACGCUGCCAUAAGGAUGGUGUGUGUGUUUGCUCUUGACAGAUUUGCCGACUUUGUCUCAGAUCAGGUGGUUGCUCCAGUGAGGGCCACUUGUGCUCAGGCCCUGGGUAUGAUAGUGCGUCAGAUGAGAGACUCCUCUGUGCAGCGUACCGUGGAGCUACUGUUGCAGCUGGUGGCACAAGAGCAGUGGGAAGUGAGGCAUGCCAGUCUCAUGGGGGUACAGCAUCUGCUCGCCGCUAGAUCUGACCUGUGUGGUCCCCUCCUCCCCUCCCUGUCCCCCUGCAUCCUCCGAGGGCUACAGGACGUGGACGAUGACGUGAGAGCAGUGGCUGCCGGCUCACUACUACCAGUGGCAGACAAGCUACACCUCGUACUACCAGACAAGAUGAGUGAACUGGUACGGAUCUUAUGGGAUGCUCUUCUUGACCUUGACGACCUCUCUGCCUCCACCAACAGUAUCAUGGAGCUCCUGUCCACCAUCCUCUCUCGAGACACGCCCACUAGUGACAACCACGCCCCCCUCCUAGAGUUGGACAGUCUGCCCACGCUCAUACCGAGACUGUGGCCGUUUUUGUCCCACCUCAUAACCUCUGUCAGAACGUCUAGUUUAAGGGCUCUUCUGACAAUUUUAAAUUAUAGUCGGACGUCCGGAGAUGGGGUCAAGGGUCGUGUGUGGCUGCACGGGAUUCUGGAUGGUAUGCUGAGUCAGCUGUUUCAACGACUAGUGCUGGAGAAGGACAAAAAAGCAAGGGAACUGGCUUAUCAGGUGUGGGAGGCGGUGGUGUCAGGCUCCGCCCACCAGGAUCUAGCCAACGCACUCUCUCCCCUCAUCUUCCCGUUCCUCUGUCUCCUAGUCUCACCAAGCUCCACCCCCAUCGACCCUGCACACCUUACACGACCCUCACCAGGAGCACAGGUACCCUCCAACCGCUACCUGGGUGGUUGCCAUGGUAUCGAGUCCCCCACUGAGAAGGAGCAAGCUGCUUUCAUGGCGAGAGUAGCGGGAACGAAGGCUCUUGGUCUGCUUGCUGCAAAGCUGAGCUCUGAUGGGGGUAGCCUCCUCUCAGCGGAACCAGGGGAGGGACUUUCCCCGACUCUCCACCAACUGAUUGGCAGUCUCCAACAGUUACUCUCGAGGAACGUGGCCACUUACAAGAUGGUGGUAUCGCUGGUGAUAGCUGAGUGGACGGGCUGUCCCAAGGAGCAGUUCCUGUCGGCUCUAAACUCCUCCCUCUCCGAACAGGGUGGCUAUGAAGAGAUCACUCCAUUCAUACUGGCACUGCAGAAAGAUUGUCACUCAUUGAUUGUGGCAUUUGACAAGAAGGGAGUGGAUGCAGCCAGGGACGUCACACCAAGUGGGUACACUGCCGAGUUUGCUGCUCAACUGGCCACCACCACUUUUGACUCCACCCUCCCCUCUUUCAACCUAACAACUGCUGAAGCACAGGAGUUUGAGUCGCUACGUCGCUGUGUCCUCUCGAGUGUAGGCCAGCUACAAGAGGAGCACGUGCGAUUGGCCACUAGAGUCAACUCUUGUCUGGCAGGGGCUCUAGUCUCGCUGGACAGUCUCCCGACAAAGUUGAACCCUGUCAUCCGCCCCUUCAUGGACACCAUCAAGACUGAGAGAGACUCCACCAUACAGCAACUCUCUGGCAGGUGGUUGAGUCAGCUAUUGGACGCUUGCAAAGGUCGCUCCCCCUCUCCUAACAACAAGAUUAUAAAGAACCUUUGCUCUUUCAUCUGCUGUGACCCACAGCACACUCCUGUGGUAUCGGGUAAUGGUGGUCAAAGCAACAAGUCAGGAUCGUCCAGUCCGACAGAGGAGGUGGUGGUCCGUUGGGAGUGGAACGUCGGCAUUAUCAGUUUAAUCUCACAACCUGACCAGGGCUCCAGUAGACAACCUCAGGCGCGUGGUCGUCCAUCAGCUGUUGUGAAGGAAGCAAUGGCAGCUGCUAACAGCGAAGAACAACGAAAGCCGUUGUUGAUUCAGCGACAUGGUGCCGAGUCAGCACUCACGUCAAUGGCGGGCCACUUUGCCUCGUCUUUGUUUGCCUCCCUCCCUCAACUGUGGAGCACCAUCACUCAACCACUAGAGGCCCUGGUCACACUACAACAGGGCAAUGACGAUGGUACAGUUCUCACAGAUUUGCUGAGCUCGUUAGUCCAACAAGCAGUACACAGUCUGCAGGUGCUGGAGACGUUAGCCCCAGCUAUAGACCCUGCCCUCUCCCCACGUCUCCUAGGUCUCCUCUCUAACCCCCUAUUGUCCUGUGUGACCUCUGAGUUCACUGCCGUCAGGCACAUGGCAGCUAGAUGUGUUGCAAUUCUCUCUAAGGUUGACCUCCAUGUAAGCUUGCAGUUUGUCAUUGACCAAGUGCUGCCAUUCCUGGGGAGCUCUCAGUCUAUUAUCCAUCGGGAGGGAGCCAUAGAAACCAUUGCCUUCAUCCUUGAGCGUGUGGGUCUGGGGGUGCUCUGUUACGUGGUGCUGCUCCUCAUGCCUGUUCUGGCACGGAUGAGCGAUCAAGAGGACAGUGUGAGAAUGAUGGCCUCUCGUUGCUUUGCCAUGCUCGUCAACCUCAUGCCCCUCGAGUCUGGUACGGCCAGCCCCAGUGAGAUGCCACCUUCCCUCGUGGAGCGGAGACUGCAGGAGAGAGUGUUUCUGGAGCAGCUGUUGGACACUACCAAACUGGACAAUUACGUUGUUCCCGUGCCAAUAAAGGCUGACCUCAGAAAGUACCAACAGGAUGGUAUCAAUUGGCUGGCCUUUCUCAACAAGUACAACCUCCAUGGCAUCCUAGGGGACGACAUGGGUUUGGGUAAGACCCUCCAGAGUCUGUGCAUCAUUGCAGGAGAUGAUCAUUACCGGGCCAAACAGUACAAGUCUACGGGUCAUGCUGACUCCGCCCCUCUCCCCUCGCUGGUAGUGUGCCCGCCCACGCUCAUGGGGCACUGGUACUAUGAGGUGACCAAGUUCUGUGACCCUGCUGACCUCCGCCCACUCCAGUACACUGGACCACCAAGCACAAGAUCAAGACUGCAGAGCCUUGUUCCCAAGCACAACCUGCUCAUUGCCUCCUACGACAUUGUCAGGAAUGACAUCGACUACUUCAGGUCAGUGAACUGGAACUACUGUGUGCUGGAUGAAGGGCACAUCAUCAAGAAUACUAAAACCAAGAUCACCAAAGCUGUCAAACUGCUGAGAGCCAACCACCGGCUGAUCCUGUCUGGCACACCCAUUCAGAACAAUGUCCUUGAGUUGUGGUCUCUGUUUGACUUCCUCAUGCCCGGCUUUCUUGGCUCUGAGCGUCAGUUCUACACUCGCUAUGGCCGACCCAUCGUCCUCAGCAGAGAGGCAAAGUCGUCCUCAAAGGAGCAGGAGGCGGGAGUCCUUGCGAUGGAGGCUCUGCAUCGUCAGGUCCUCCCCUUUAUGCUGAGGAGGAUCAAGGAAGACGUGCUGCAAGACCUGCCACCAAAGAUCAUCCAAGAUUACCAGUGCGACCUCAGCCCACUGCAAGCUCAACUGUACGAGGAUUUCGCCCACACGAGGGCUAAACACGAUGUGGACGAGAGCAUCACCGGAGAAGAGAAGAGGAGCUCUAGUGACCAACCACCAACUCACAUCUUCCAGGCCCUCCAAUACCUUCGUAAGGUAUGCAACCAUCCGUCGCUAGUGGUAACACCGGACCACCCCCUCUAUAACAAAGUGCAAGACCACCUCGCUCAGACCUCAACCACCAUCAGGGAUAUACGUCACUCAGCAAAACUACAGGCACUAAAACAGCUGCUACUGGACUGUGGUAUUGGUGAGGACGGUGAUGAUGAGGGGGCGGCAGUGGGUCAGCACAGGGCACUCCUAUUCUGUCAGUACAAGAGCAUGCUCGACAUCAUUGAGAAAGACCUCCUCAAGGUGCACUUACCUAGUGUGACGUACCUCCGCCUGGACGGCUCUGUACCAGCUGGCAAUCGACACUCUAUUGUACAGAAGUUUAACGAUGACCCCUCCAUUGAUGUUCUCCUCCUAACAACCCACGUGGGGGGUCUGGGACUCAACCUCACUGGAGCAGACACUGUCAUAUUUUUCGAGCAUGACUGGAACCCCAUGAAAGAUCUGCAGGCGAUGGACCGUGCUCAUCGUAUUGGACAGAAGAAGGUGGUCAAUGUCUACCGACUCAUCACUAGGGGCACUGUGGAGGAGAAAAUCAUGAGCUUGCAGAAGUUCAAGCUCAACAUUGCCAAUACAGUUUUGACUCAGGAAAACUCCAGCCUCACUUCAAUGAACACCUCUGACCUCCUUGACCUCUUCCAACUCUCGGAACCAACUGAACCAAAGGGUAACAAAGAAAGCAAUAAAGAGUCGGGUGGUAUGCGUAGCGUGAUGGAGAAUCUCCCUGAAUUAUGGAGCGAUGACCAGUAUAAGAACGAAUAUGACUUAACCUCGUUUGUGAAAUCACUAGCUUCUCCAACUCUAUAGCUAGCAUGAAUAUUCCGAUUAUUAUGUUUUAUUGGUGAUUUUAUAUAACUUUAUUUACAACCCUC